AUGAUCUCCGCAAGCGAUGCACUGACGGAAAAUCAUAUUCAAAAUAGCAAUCAAAUCACCAGACAAGCAAGCAAAUUUAUUAAUGAUGAAACCAAUGAAAUAAUCGUUCAUCGUGCUGAUAUUAAUACAACAAUGAACGUUGAAUAUCAACCAGUAACAUGUAUUUAUCGUGAUAAAAAAAACGAAUUGAAUCUUAUUCUAAAUUGUAAACGCAAACAAUCAGAUUUAUAUCAAUUAGAAGAUUUAGUACAAGCUGGUGAACUACAAUAUAUUAACCAAACAUUAGAUGAUAUAACAAAAAAUUUGAUUGAUAGACUUAAUUAUAACAAUUAUUCAUUUCCAAAAUUUAUCCAAGAUUGUUUAACACCAAUUAUGUAUUUAUUAAAACGACAACAAAAUUUAGAUGAUUUCUUUAUUUCACUUACAUUUAAAUAUCAAGGAAUAGACCAACCAACAGAAUAUCAAUUACAACAACGAACAAAUUCCAGUUUACGGAUGCUAUUACAUGUUUUAUUUAUGAAUUCUGAUAUAUUUUUAUGCCGAAUUAUCAUGUCAUUAUUAAGUAAACGAAAUCCAGUUCCAUUUAUUUCUUCAAAUAUUCAAGUAUGGAAUCAAAAUGAACAAUAUCAAUUUAUACCUGCAAUCCUACAUGUAUGGAAUUAUACAAGACCAACGAUCUUAUCAUUUGGUAUUGGUCCAUGUCAAGGAAAAUCAACAUUGUUAAAUCAACUAUUUCAAUCAACAUUUGAACAAACAGUUGAUAGUAUUUAUUUUCAACAAACAAUUGAUAUUGAUUUUGGUUAUUCUUUUAAUCCUGAACGAACAUUAAAUAUUGCUGAUGCACAUGGUGUAAUUGACAAAGAAUUAUUGCAUAAAAUUCAGCCAUUAUUUGAUGGAUUUUUAAUACAAAUUGAUAAAACAUAUUUAGAUCGACAACCACAAAUUCUAAUUGAAUAUCUAAACAUUUUACCCGUAAA